UCAGAGGAGUGACUCUCUCGAUCUCUCCGGUGAGACUGUGAUCAUGACACCCAUGGUGCAUCUGUUGUUGCUCCCACUCCUGUUCAGCGUUGCUGGCGGGAUAGGUCUUGAGGACAAGAAGGGCCCAUUUAAGGACACAGAGCUGACUGUGCAAGAGGAGACACCAGUGCCCUUUGCCAUAUUUCAGUUUGAGGUGGCCCAAGGAGGUGUGAAUAGUUUCAGGCUUAGUGGAGACGACAGUGAUGCCAUCAAGAUCUCCAAGGAUGGGUGGCUCUACCUGGAUACGCCUCUGAAGUGGUCUGAAAAGAACAUUUACAACAUUAAGGUGGAAGCUUUGGCAGAUGAUGUCGUAGUGGAGGGUCCAAUUAAUGUGGCCAUUACAGUGUUGGACAUCAACAACAACGCUCCGUACUUCGGCCAGAUUGUCUAUUCAGCUACGGUUAAAGAAAAUAAUCCAGCAGGUGUCCCGUUUACCCGCGUAUUUGCGUUUGAUCAGGACGACCCCGAAACUCCAAACGCUCAUCUGAUGUACAGCCUGGUCAGUCAGACCCCCAGCAGACAAAGCAAUCCCCUGUUCCAGAUAGACCCCAACACUGGAGAGAUCUCCACCACAAAAGAAGGAGAGAAAAUGCUGAAGGCCAGAGAUGCUUUCCAGUAUGGCAGAGGACAGGAUCAGGGCAUCCAUGCUCUGGAGACAAGGUUUAACGACUACUGUCCCGAGUCAAAGAUCCCCUUUGACGAAAACCCCUUCUUCACCUGUGUGCAGAAAUCAGAGAUGAGGAGGCAGAACGUGGACCCCCUGAAUGAUCCAGAUUACACCCUAUUCGUGCGCGUGCAGGACCAGGGAGGAGCGACACAGACUGCGCUGAGUGGAAACACCAGAGUUCAAAUCGUUAUAAAGCAAAACCUUUGGGUUAACCCUGGACACAUAUUAGUUAAAGAGAACUUAAAGGCAGUUUAUCCUCAUCUCAUCGCAAAGGUCCAGUCUAAUGAUCCCAACGCCGUCUACAGGUUAGUCCAGAAAGAGCGAGGGCUGAAAUUCCCCUUCAAGAUCACAGUAGAUGGAGAAAUCCAGCUGACAGAGGAACUGGACAGAGAGGAAAAGGGCCAGUACAUCCUGGUGGUGUUGGCAGAGGAUGAGCAUGGCAACGAAGUGGAUCCACCCAUGGAGAUUCAAGUUAUCGUGGAGGAUGUGAAUGACAACGCGCCAGUGUGUGAGGAGAGUAUAUUUGAGGUGCAGGAGGAUGAGCCUGCAGGCAGCCUGGUUAAUACACUGGUGGCUCGUGAUGCUGAUCAAGAAGGCACAGCUAAUUCUCUGCUGAUUUACACCAUCGAGUCCCAAGAGCCAACAGCCUUCUCCAUCGAUGCUGCUUCUGGAGAAAUCAAGACAUUGCGCUCGCUUAGACGAAAGGACCAGCAGGUGUAUAACCUCAAUGUCAGAGUCAAUGACCCAGAUUUCGACACAGUAUGUAAGGUCGUCAUCAAGGUCAUUGACGUCAACAACGAGGUUCCUAAGUUUGAGAAGAAUGAUUAUGGCAGCCUCACUCUAGAGGAAGACGCACCACUAGGACACACAGUGCUUACCAUCAAAGCCACAGAUGCUGAUGACCCAGACAGCGGCAGCUCCCAUAUUAAUUUUGAGAUCUCUGGCGACGAUGAUGGCGUUUUCUCUGUGGAAACAGACGGCAAAGGUGUCGGUCAUGUGGUUAUAGCUAAGCCUCUGGAUUUCGAGUCCACUUCCACCUACAACCUCCAGAUUAAUGCUCGUAACCCUGAGCCUCUGAUGAAAGGUAUGGAGUACGGCAUAGAAUCCACAGCCUCCGUCAGUGUGUCUGUCACUGAUGUAGAUGAGGCCCCAGAAUUCAGCCUGGACAUCCUGGAUGUGACUGUACCUGAAAACACCACCAAGGGAGCUGUGCUGCUUACUGUGGGGGCAAAGGACCCAGAAGGCAAAGAGAUCAGUUUUAAGUUGGAUGGUGACACUCAAGGCUGGCUGGAGAUCAAUGCUGCCACAGGAGAGAUCAAGACCAAAGGCAAGCUGGACAGAGAAACCCUGGAGACCUUUGAAGUCACCGUCACUGCCUUUGAAAAAGAACACCCAGAGAAAUCAUCUGAACGCACUCUGUCUGUGAGGCUGUUGGAUGUGAACGACAAUGUCCCCAAACUGAUGGAGAAACAGGCCUUCAUUUGCGUGAAGAAGCCUGAACCUGUCAUCAUCAAGGCCUAUGACACAGACAGCGCCCCCUUCGCUCAGCCUUUCUCCUUCACCUUGGCCCACGGCAAGAAAUCCCCCAACUGGAACCUGCACGUGGUUGAUGGAACAACGGCGAAACUGAUCAUGAAGAAACCACCAACUGAGGAGAAAAUCUUCCAUAUCCCCGUUACCAUUAAAGAUAACGCAGGCAUGGGAAUCACACAUUUAUUUGAGGUGAGGGUAUGUAACUGCACAGUGCUAGGCUACUGCUACAUCCCACCACUUGAGCACGGUUUCAAAUUGGGGAUGGGACCCACCAUCGGGAUCCUUGCUGGCACUAUAGGAUUCUGCAUUAUUGCCUUCAUCAUUGCGGUGAAACGCUCAAAUAAAGGAGGCAAGGAGACUGAAGAGGGGCAGAGCAUGAUGUAGAGACUACACACAUACACACACACACAUAUUUGUAUUUCCGUACUCAUGAGGGCUCAUUGGCAUAGGGCACUCUCUAUUUCCUAACCUGAACAUCUAAAUCAACCCUUUUUCUAAACCUUAUUCUAAUCUUAGGCUUAAUUUUAUUCUAUUCUAUUAGUCUUUUUAAGAUUUGACAAUUUGACAACAGAUCAUUCUUGUUCAUUUAGUGAUAAGAAAAAAAUAAAUAUAACAUAAUAAAUACAUACAUAACCCUUGACCUCCCUCUUAAGGUCUAAAACUCAAAAAACAGUUUUUUACACACACAUUUACUUUAUCUUAUCUUAUUUUAUGUACAAGAGAGAGUUAAGCUUGAUUAAUCAGUGCUGUGCAUACUAAAUUAAACUGUCAGGUCCUCCCAACCUAAUCAAGCUUUUAUGCUGCUUGUUGACUUAAUUUAUUAAAAAUGUGACUCCCAGACUCAAAUUGUUUCAUUAGCUGUUUCAUCAUCUCAAAUGAUUCAGAUUGUCCACGUGCCCCAGAGCUUGUUUUUGUUAUUCACUUCCGCUUGAAUGUAACAUCUAAAUUUUGAAUGUUGAGAUAUAGCCAGAAACGUGUUAUGUUGUAAACAAUGUAAUGUUAAGUGACGGUUAACAC